AUUAUAACAGCCAAUGCAGCCGCCAUCCACGCACAAGCAAAGAAGCAUGUCCCAUUUAAAUACACCCACGCAGCCCCAGCGCCCUUAGCCGAUCAGGGCGCGCAGCCCACACGCACCAAGGCUCCGGGCUUGGAGAUCCGCGCAGGUCGGGCUCCGGGAUCCCGCGGAUCGACGCUCUCGGAAGAUCGGGAUCGGACUCCUGUUGGGGCCCGGGUGGGCGGGGGAGGCUGGGCCCCGGGCCUCUCUGGCGGACAGCCGCAUGAGGACGCGAGCGAAAUAGACCAGGGUGGAAUUGCCAAGGAAGACGCUUCAGGGUGGUUUUGGUCCAUUUCUGCCGCGAAGAGUCGACAUGGCGAGCGACUCCCCAGCUCGCAGCCUAGAUGAAAUCGAUCUCUCCGCCCUGAGGGACCCUGCAGGGAUCUUUGAGUUGGUGGAACUUGUUGGAAAUGGCACGUACGGUCAAGUUUAUAAGGGUCGUCAUGUCAAAACAGGACAGCUUGCUGCCAUUAAGGUUAUGGACGUCACAGGGGAUGAAGAGGAAGAAAUCAAACAAGAAAUUAACAUGUUGAAGAAAUAUUCUCAUCACAGGAACAUUGCUACAUACUACGGUGCUUUUAUUAAAAAGAACCCUCCGGGCAUGGAUGACCAACUAUGGUUGGUUAUGGAGUUCUGUGGUGCUGGCUCUGUCACUGACCUGAUCAAGAACACGAAAGGCAACACAUUGAAAGAGGAGUGGAUUGCAUACAUCUGCAGGGAAAUCUUACGGGGCCUGAGUCACCUGCACCAGCACAAAGUGAUUCAUCGAGAUAUUAAAGGGCAAAACGUUUUGCUGACUGAAAAUGCAGAAGUUAAGCUAGUGGAUUUUGGAGUGAGUGCCCAGCUCGACCGAACAGUGGGCAGGAGGAACACAUUCAUCGGGACCCCCUACUGGAUGGCACCAGAAGUUAUUGCCUGUGACGAGAACCCAGAUGCCACGUAUGACUUCAAGAGUGACUUGUGGUCUUUGGGAAUCACCGCCAUUGAGAUGGCAGAAGGUGCCCCCCCCCUCUGUGACAUGCAUCCCAUGAGAGCCCUCUUCCUAAUCCCACGGAACCCCGCGCCUCGCCUCAAGUCUAAGAAGUGGUCAAAAAAAUUCCAGUCAUUUAUCGAGAGCUGCUUGGUAAAGAAUCACAGCCAGCGGCCAGCCACAGAACAGUUGAUGAAGCACCCAUUCAUACGAGACCAGCCUAAUGAGAGGCAGGUCCGAAUCCAGCUGAAGGACCACAUUGAUCGAACAAAGAAGAAGCGAGGAGAAAAAGAUGAGACUGAGUAUGAAUAUAGCGGAAGUGAGGAAGAAGAGGAAGAGAACGACUCUGGGGAGCCCAGCUCCAUUCUGAACCUACCAGGAGAGUCAACACUACGGCGGGACUUCCUGAGACUGCAGCUGGCCAACAAGGAGCGCUCAGAGGCCCUGCGGCGCCAGCAGCUGGAACAGCAGCAGAGGGAGAAUGAAGAACACAAGCGGCAGCUACUGGCUGAGCGCCAGAAGCGCAUCGAGGAGCAGAAGGAGCAGAGGCGAAGGCUGGAGGAGCAACAAAGGCGAGAAAAGGAGCUUCGGAAGCAGCAGGAGCGGGAACAGCGCCGGCACUAUGAAGAGCAGAUGCGCAGGGAGGAGGAGAGGAGGCGGGCAGAGCAUGAGCAGGAAUACAUCAGGCGACAGCUAGAAGAAGAGCAAAGACAGUUAGAGAUCUUACAGCAGCAGCUACUGCAUGAGCAAGCUCUACUUCUGGAAUAUAAGCGCAAACAGUUGGAAGAACAGAGACAAGCAGAAAGACUGCAGAGGCAGCUAAAGCAAGAGAGAGACUAUCUGGUUUCCCUCCAGCAUCAGCGGCAGGAGCAGAGGCCCCUGGAGAAGAAGCCUCUGUACCAUUACAAGGAGGGCAUGAGUCCCAGUGAGAAGCCUGCCUGGGCCAAGGAGGUAGAAGAACGCUCAAGACUCAACCGACAGAGUUCACCUGCCAUGCCUCACAAGGUUGCCAAUAGGAUCUCUGACCCCAACCUGCCCCCAAGAUCAGAGUCCUUCAGCAUUAGUGGGGUUCAGCCUGCUCGGACACCCCCAAUGCUCAGAACUGUUGAUCCCCAGAUCCCGCAGCUGGUAGCUGUCAAAUCCCAGGGACCUGCCUUGACCGCUUCCCAGUCAGUGCAUGAGCAACCCACAAAGGGCCUGUCUGGGUUCCAGGAGGCUCUAAAUGUGACCUCGCACCGGGUCGAGAUGCCACGCCAGAACUCCGAUCCCACCUCGGAAAACCCUCCUCUCCCCACACGCAUUGAGAAGUUUGACCGAAGCUCUUGGUUACGACAGGAAGAAGACAUUCCACCAAAGGUGCCUCAAAGAACAACUUCUAUAUCCCCAGCACUAGCCAGAAAGAAUUCCCCUGGGAACGGCAGUGCAUUGGGCCCCAGACUCGGAUCUCAGCCUAUCAGAGCAAGCAACCCCGAUCUCCGCAGGACCGAGCCAGUCCUGGAGAGUUCCUUGCAGCGGACCAGCAGUGGCAGUUCCUCCAGCUCCAGCACUCCCAGCUCCCAGCCCAGCUCCCAAGGAGGCUCUCAGCCUGGAUCACAAGCAGGAUCUAGUGAACGAACCAGAGUUCGGGCCAAUAGUAAGUCAGAAGGAUCGCCCGUGCUCCCCCAUGAACCUUCCAAGGUGAAACCAGAAGAAUCCAGAGACAUCACUCGACCCAGUCGGCCAGCUGAUCUGACGGCAUUAGCCAAAGAAUUAAGAGAACUCCGGAUUGAAGAAACAAACCGCCCUCUGAAGAAAGUGACCGACUACUCUUCCUCCAGUGAGGAGUCUGAGAGCAGUGAGGAAGAAGAGGAAGAUGGAGAGAGUGAGACACAAGAUGGGACAGUGGCUGUCAGUGACAUACCCAGACUAAUCCCCAUGUGUUACAUCCCUCAGACGGCUGAAGAGAAGAAGCGAUCUGGCCACAGUGACAGUAAUGGCUUUGCUGGUCACAUCAAUCUCCCAGACCUUGUGCAGCAGAGCCAUUCACCAGCUGGGACUCCCACUGAGGGGCUGGGCCGUGUCUCCACUCAUUCCCAGGAGAUGGACUCUGGAGCUGAAUAUGGUAUGGGGAGCAGCACUAAAGCCUCCUUCACCCCCUUCGUGGACCCCCGUGUGUACCAGACAUCACCCACUGAUGAAGAUGAAGAGGAUGAUGAGUCUUCAGCUGCUGCCCUGUUUACUAGCGAACUUCUUAGGCAAGAACAGGCCAAACUCAAUGAAGCAAGGAAAAUUUCAGUGGUAAAUGUGAACCCAACAAACAUUCGCCCUCAUAGUGACACACCGGAAAUCAGAAAAUACAAGAAACGCUUCAAUUCAGAAAUACUCUGUGCAGCUCUGUGGGGUGUAAACCUUCUCGUGGGGACUGAAAACGGCCUGAUGCUUUUGGACAGAAGUGGCCAAGGCAAAGUCUACAAUUUAAUCAACCGGAGGCGAUUUCAGCAGAUGGAUGUGCUGGAAGGCCUAAAUGUUCUUGUCACGAUAUCAGGAAAGAAGAAUAAGCUCCGUGUGUACUAUCUCUCAUGGUUAAGAAACAGAAUCCUUCACAAUGACCCAGAAGUGGAAAAGAAGCAGGGCUGGAUCACCGUUGGUGACUUGGAAGGCUGCAUCCAUUACAAAGUUGUUAAAUAUGAAAGGAUCAAGUUCUUGGUGAUUGCCUUAAAGAAUGCAGUAGAGAUAUAUGCGUGGGCCCCUAAACCUUAUCAUAAGUUCAUGGCAUUUAAGUCUUUUGCAGAUCUUCAGCAUAAGCCUCUGCUCGUUGACCUCACAGUAGAAGAAGGUCAAAGGUUAAAGGUCAUUUUUGGCUCACAUACUGGUUUCCAUGUAAUUGAUGUUGAUUCUGGAAACUCCUACGAUAUCUAUAUACCAUCCCAUAUUCAGGGCAAUAUCACUCCUCAUGCUAUCGUCAUCUUGCCUAAAACAGACGGAAUGGAGAUGCUCGUCUGCUAUGAAGACGAGGGGGUGUAUGUGAACACCUACGGCCGGAUCACUAAGGAUGUGGUGCUCCAAUGGGGAGAAAUGCCCACAUCUGUGGCCUACAUUCAUUCCAAUCAGAUAAUGGGCUGGGGCGAGAAAGCUAUUGAGAUCCGGUCAGUGGAAACAGGACAUUUGGAUGGAGUGUUUAUGCAUAAACGAGCUCAAAGGUUAAAGUUUCUAUGUGAAAGAAAUGAUAAGGUAUUUUUUGCAUCCGUGCGAUCUGGAGGAAGUAGCCAAGUGUUUUUCAUGACCCUCAACAGAAAUUCCAUGAUGAACUGGUAACAGAAGAGCACUUGGCACUUAUCUUCAUGGCGUUAUUUCUAAUGUAAAAGAACAUAACUCAUGUGGACGUCUGCCAGUCUAGAGGCAGAAUCAGAAGGCCUGGUUGAACAUACUGCUCUCUCCGUUUCCUCUCCCUCCAUCUCUCCCAAUAUAGUCCUUUUUGGUGUUGCAGCCUGGUUGAGAAGGAGAGAAAGAGGUGGCGGGAAUGGCUGGGCAAGCAAUUCUGAGGAUGCUGCAUUGUCUGUGGACAGAGAUGGACCGUGUGCCCUUCGGAGUUAGGGAUAGAGACAAAUAUUGUGUGCUCUUAUGAUUAAGCUGUGUUUAUGCUGGUUUUUCAGUUCUUUUUUGUUAGAUUUUUUUAACUUUUUUUCCCCCUUUACCACCUUACUUUGUAAGAAUAGGGGGAAAUGCUCACUGGGAACUUAAUCUUUUAAAAUUCUGUCUGCCUGUUAGCUUUAAGUAUAUGGUAUGUUGUAAAUUUUCCAACUCCCAGUAGUGAGAAACAGCGCAAUAAAGGGACCCUAUCUCCCUGUACUGAAGGCCAUAACCACACAGUGGGGUAAUUUAAGAAUUUUCUUGCCUUCACUAACCCAAGAGGCUGUUUUUAUUUUGUUUUGUUUUGUUUUGUCUUUUUUUUUAAAUUACUACUGGCUAAUGAAUUUUUGAAAGAGAAGCAAAAUAGCUGGUUUUCUCCUCUCUGGAGAAAUAGAUUUUAAAUGGCUAAACUAUUAGCCUUAAUCUAAUAAAAUCAACUACUGCUCUAGUGAGUCUGUCAGGCCAUAUUUUGAUAUGGCCCUUUCUGGAAUGGAGGAUGUUGAAUGGAACAGAGAUGCCAUUGAGUUGAGUGGGCUUGUGACUGGGGAGGGACUCUGGGAUGCAACUGUCCCUCAGUUAUUAUGCAACAGAUCAGGGCAAAAGAUGGGAUGACAGGUGGGUCACCCAGAAGGAGCUUCUGAGAAAUGAGCUAAUAUGUCUAUGUAAAUACACACAUGUCCUUUCUUCAAGGCACAAAGCCUCCUUGUUAAAAGGUCCCUUCAUUUGGUCUUUGUUAGGACUGCAACUGAUUGAGAGCUUUCCCAGAGCUGGAGGUUACACAACAUGCUCUGGAAACCCUCCUGAGGGUGCCACUUUUUCAACAUAAAAACUGUGAUGGAAAAGAAUUACUAAUAAAUGUUUCUGAGCUGCCUGUGUUCUUACUGGGUCAAGGGACUAGACUUGCAAGCCUGCUAUGGAUACAGCAGGCACCAAUAGCUCAGAUUUUAGGGAACCUAAAGGCAAGGCUUUGACAAAAUUAUAAGACUCUAAUCAUGUUAUGUUCCUCCAAACUUCCCAACAUACUGUUAACAACAUCCGUGCAGAGAUGUGUAUGUAUUUAGUUCAGGUUGACUUGUGUCCUUAUAGAAACCCUUACUGAAUGAUUUGAUCCUUUAUGUGACUGACUGGGAUUUUCCCCAAAGCUAUAAGCAUGGCUGCCUAUGGUAUCCAGGUGUUGCGAAACGGUAUCUGUGCUGUGCUUCCUGUUUUAACCUACCUCGUUUUGUUUGUUUUUGUUUCUCUGUUCAUCACAGCAGUGUUAUCUCCAGGAGACAUAUAGAGAGCUCACCCGGCAAUCUCAACUGUAUUGAACAUUUUCAAAACAGUAGUUGACCAAAUUGUUCUUUAAAAAUUGGAGGGAGAAAAAAAAUCUCCAAUGACAAAAUCCUAAUGUGGGUUGUUUUUAAAGAAUGCAAUUACUGUAAAUGAAUCAAAAAAGAAAGACAAAAACUGUGACUCACCUGGUUUUGCCUAAACAAAUGAGCAGCUGAUGUACUAUUAAUGAGAACGUAACAUAUGUUAGGAAAACGGUACCUCUUUAAUCUGGUGGUUGGCCAAAGGGGAUGAGAAAGGGAAAUAUUCUGAGUUCUGGACUAGGUGAAUCUGUAAUCCCCAAAGGUGAUUAUUGUUUGCAGUUAUCUGAAGCAGGUAACACACAGAACUGUAGUGAGGGUGGUCUUCAAGAGAUCACCUGGAUGUGCCCAUCAUGGUUCCUCUAGCUCUCAAAGGCAAUGAAAUUUUCCCGUUCUCAUUUUUACUGCUGGAGUUACGCUGCUGAACAACAUUGUCUUCAAGAAAUUCCACGGGACAAAUUCAGCAAUAGCUCUGGGUUCAAUUUAGUAACUAUCAUAAUUGGAUGCUGAUGUGGACAAAAAUAAUAUGGAUUUGGGUCUUGUAUCCAAAUGUGAUUGCCACCAGCUCUUUAUAUUGCUGCUGUGAUGUUUUGAACCUGAGGCUUCUUUAAAUUAUGUUGCAAACUGAACUUUGUUUUAAUGUUUUGUUUUGUUCUUAUUUCUAAGUGAUACAUCUGAAACACACAGCUUUAAAUGAUUUUUUUAUUAUGGGACUUUGGGUACAGUUAAGAAAUAAAAGGGAAUCAUUGUGUUUAAACAUAAGGUAGUUUGUGAAUGUAUUUUUUAAAAUCUAGAUUCAUUGGAACAAGAAAAUCAUAAGAAAACAUAUUAAUGCCGUCUUGUUUACAGUAUGUACAGUGACAUAACAUUACAUGAGCUUUUUCUGGUGCCAACAAAAUAAAACACAGACGUUAAACAUCGA